GGUAAUUAGGAAUCCGAUACAAUAUGGAUGGAUGGAGCUUAGACUUAAGGAAUGGGGUGUGUGAUUAGCAGGGAAGUGUCGAAGGGGAUAAUCUCUUAUGUGAAGGAGGAGAGGGAUUUGAGUGGUGAGAGUAAGAGGAAGGUUGAUGGAGUGUUAGGGAGCAAAGGUGAGGUGGUAGAGGUUCAGAAUGGUGAGAAGGAGAAGGAGAAAGAUGGUGAAGGGGUGCAGCAUGGCAAAAGGAGAAGAUCAAAGGCAAAUAUGAGGUUGAGCAAUCCGCCAAAGGCCGCCGUGGCUCACUGCAGUGUGUGGGGAAGCACUCGGUGGCUGGAUUUCGCUAAAGUUCAUUGUUGCAGAUUUUAUCCAAUAUACCUAGUGUUGUCAAAAGUAAAACUCAUGAUUGAAUAUUGA